CUAUAAACACCUUGUAUCUUGUGAAUGGAGAGGCACUGUGUAUUGUAAGACAAGGUUUCUCUUGUGAAGGCAGCAUAAUAUUUUCAUACACAAGUAGUUAAUUUUAAUAAUCAGAACACCGAUAUGCAGAAUAUAAUUUCAGCGCAGAAGUGUGACAGGGAUCACAAUACUAAUCACGCAGAUUUUAGUAGCAGUAGCCUGGAGGAAGUCCCAGAUUGUGUUUUGAAUCAUUUUAAAUUUCUAAAGUUUCUGUAUUUAAACAACAACGCAUUGAAAACUUUACCGGACUGUUUGUUUCAACGUCUAAACUCUUUAAAAUGGCUCGACGUUAGAAAUAACCAUUUGACAGAACUACCAAGAACUAUUGGAAAUCAUCCGUUUCUGGAAGUUAUUCUUUUACAAGGAAACAUGAUCAGAAAACUACCUUUAGAGUUAGGACUGGUGCCUAACUUAAGGGGAGUGCAGUUUACAGGAAACCCAAUAGAAUAUCCACCCCAAGAUAUAUUAGACAAGGGAGCUCAGUACAUUCUGAAAUUUCUGAAUGAGGAGUGGAAAAUUCAAUCUGAGUUAGAUAUAAGACCAAUUGUGGAGCCAUUUUACAAGACAGAAGAUGAAAAGGAAGGAACAAAUGUGACAUUUCACAGGGCGGGACGACUCAAAUCAAAAUCUGCAUUUUCCUUCAGUGAUCAUUUUAAGCAUUCUGUUCCAGUAACAAGAAGAUUAAAAACAUCUUUACCAUCACUAUCUGUUAUAAGUUACAGUGCAAAGGCAGAGGAUACUACAUUAUUAGUCCCAACAAAUUCACCUACUGGAAAUUCUGGAUAUGAGCUUACAGUCAGUGACUUCAGACAGAGCAGUGAUGCAGGAUCAGCAUGUAAAGUGCCACCAGUUCUUAAGAACAACAAAAGAGGAAACACUGUCACAAGAGCUGAAUGUGAAAAGAAAGUUUAUGAAACUUUGCUGAGGGAUCUCUGGAUAACAAAAAUUAAGUUUAUAUUGGAGAAACAAAAUGAAAUAAUACAGAAAAGAAGAAAUACUGAAUUACUCCAGCAGUGGAGGAAAGAUACAGAAAAACUGAAUCAAAUAAAUAGAAUGCACCUUGAGAAUUUUAAGAAACAUGGACUCAAAAUACCGUUUGAUACAGAUGAAGAUUAUAUGAAGAUACUCUCAAGAUCUGACUUAAAAAAUUCACUGUCAAGAGGAAGAGCUAUCAAGUCCUUGACCGUGCACCCAAUGAUAAAGUCUAUCUCCCAAGAAAUGUCAGAAAUCUUGUCAGUACUGGAUGCUGUAGCCAACAAAGACAUCCACACCUCAUUGGCGCCACACACAGUGCAGAAAACUGCUAGUGAUGAAAUACAAAAGUUGCGUCAGCUCAAGAAGAAACUGUGGGCUCUCCGUCUAAAGUCAGCUGAAGACAGAGACUUCUGCACAGAAAGUAAAAGUGCUGCAUUAUCAACUACAAAAACAUCAAACCUUGAGAGAGAAUGAAAAUAUCACUUCUGGUAAAACUAAAGAACUGCAACUUUCAGUUUUAACCUUUAUGAAAAUUUCUGGAAUGCAUUUCAUUUGUCAGUCAAAUCUAAGAUUAACAGCUAUGCAGAGUCUACAGAAAAAGUAAUUUCUCCAUUGUAUGUGAAUAUAAUAAUUCAUAAUAAUUACCCCCUAUCUUGUCCCACCACUCUAGGUAAAGCUGAAACUGAUGCAUAUAGCCCAUUUAAGAUCA